UCAUGAAGUAUUGAUUGACUGAUGGAUUCUGCUAAACAUCUGGAUGAUAUUAAUGCAAUCCCAAAUGAAAUUCCAAAUCGGAUUGAUCGUAACUUCUAUUUGUACAGUGCAAUGUUUGUUGGAGUUCAGUUAACUUGCUUUAUAGACUCUUCAUGCUGUGCUGGCCAGUUGGAUUAUUGACAAAGCAGAGGCAGAUUAAAGUUAAAAUCCUUUAAAUGCUUUGUAUUCAUGUGUUUUCCAGUAAAGUUAUUAUUUGAGGACAAAUCCGACCCCUAGCUGCCCCUGUUAAACAGUUUGGAACACGGAUCUAUCGCCAUGAUGAGGGACCUAUUCCUUUAUAUUUCAUUACUUGUUAUAUUUUGGUCGGACAGGGCACUCUGCAAGUCAGUGUUUUCUAGCAGCCCUAAAGCACACAUGCUUUUGCGUUCAAGAAGAGCAAACACUUUCAUGGAGGAGCUUAAAACGCCAUCACUGGAACGUGAGUGUAAAGAGGAAGUCUGUGAUUUCGAAGAGGCGAGGGAAAUCUUUAAUAACAGAGAGGCACUGAUGGAAUUCUGGACAGUGUAUGAAGAUGGAAACCAGUGUGACUCGCAUCCAUGUGUUAAUGGGAAGUGUGUGGACCUGUUUAAGGAUUACUCGUGCAUCUGCAAUCCUGGGUUUGAAGGGAGACGCUGUGACCUGCGUAGCACAGCCACUAACUGCUCUGUGAACAAUGGGGACUGUGAUCAUGAUUGUCGUAAGACUGAAGAUGGUCUCGGUCGCAUUUGCAGUUGUAUUAAAGGAUACCAACUCCAAGACAAUUCUAGAAAUUGUGCCCCCCAAAAUGAGGCUUCAUGUGGGCAGAUUCUGAUUACAAAAUCAUCCUAUUCUAAACAGCAAGUGAUAGGGUUACAGCCUUGGGUUGUAGGAGGUGAAAUUGGUAAAAAGGGGGAGAGUCCCUGGCAGGUCCUUAUAUUAAAUCACGCGGGCGAGUUUCACUGUGGUGGAGUUCUGAUUGAUGAAAACUGGGUUCUCACUGCUGCUCACUGCCUAGAGUCAAGCUCACGUUUCGGUGUCAGACUGGGUGACUAUGACCGGUUUAAGCUGGAAGGAUCAGAAGAUACCCUUCUCGUCGAACAGCACUUCCCACACCCACAAUACAAUCCUAUCACACUGCACAAUGACAUAGCUCUUUUGCAAUUAUGUAGACCAGCAAAAUUUUCCAGAUUCAUCCUUCCAGCAUGCCUUCCUAGCCGUGACUUGGCAGAGCAGGUGCUGCAUCGCAACGGCACUCUGACGAUAGUCACUGGCUGGGGCAAAAAAAAUGAGACAGCUCGUCGAUACAGUCAAUUUUUAAACUUCAUUAAAAUUCCACUUGUAGAUGUCAAAGAGUGUUCCAAGCAUAUGAUGAACAAUCUGACGCAAAACAUGUUAUGUGCUGGUGAGCUGGGCAAGGUCAAAGAUGCUUGUGGAGGAGACAGUGGGGGUCCGAUGAUGACCCUGUUUCAUGAUACAUGGUUCCUGUUAGGUCUGGUGUCCUGGGGAGAAGGCUGUGGACGCAGAGACAAACUGGGCAUCUACACUAAAGUGUCCAGCUAUUUGGAUUGGAUAGAUAGUGUUCGUCAAGGGCAGGUUAAGGCGGGUGUAGGCAAGUUCGGUCCUACAGAGCCGCAGUCCUGCAUAGUUUAGUUCCAACCCUAAUCAAACACACCUGAACAAGCUAAUCAAUGUCUUUAGGAUUUAGACAUCAGGUUAGAUUAUCAGUGCUUAGGCUAAAAUAUGCAGGACUGCGGCUCUCUAGGACCGAACUUGCCUACCCCUGGGUUAAGGUCUAAAGUUUAGGUCUCUGACAUGUUUCUUGUUCUACCUGUCAUUAAAAUUAAAUGCGUCAAAGAGGUCAAUGUGCACCCUUAGUAAAAUGAUUUACGUGUAAAGCACAAUGUUCCUGCUACUUCAUUGUCUGUAUGAUAAAGGAAAUUUGACUGACAGUCAGUAAACACA